UAUCAAAACAUUGUUCAUAGUUUAAAAUUUAUUUACUCGAUUUGUCGGAUAUUAAUAUUUUUCAUUUUCUAAAUUAAGUGAAAAAUAUAUAUAUUAUAUUAACCUCAGGGUCGCAGAGUUUUACAUGUCAGUUAAUUAUAGGAGCAUCAUCCUUUGUUAUUAAUCUUAUUGUUUAAAUUAAGGAGGGUAGUAUUGUAUCAAUGCCGCCUCAAAGGUAUACACACGCUAUAGUAGCAAGAAUUUCAGACACCAUAAAGAAGAAUGGUGAGUUUGAUUAUGAUAAAGCAAAACAACAGCAUCAAAACUUCUGCUCAUUGUUACGAGAUAUUGGCUUGGACGUCAUUGAGUUGCCGCCAGAUGAAACACUACCAGAGGGCGUUUUUGUAGAAAAUGCAGCAAUAAUAUGCAAUGGAGUAGCUUUAAUGAGUAAAUCGGACAACUUAUUUCGACAAAGGGAGGCGGACAGUAUGGAAAUCAUUCUAAAGAAAGAGCUUGAUAUCCCUGUGGUUAACCCUAACAUCCCAAAUGCAAUAUUGGACGGGGGAGAUGUUUUGUUUACGGGUCGUGAAUUCUUUGUGGGCAUAUCCAACUAUACAAACGAAGAUGGCGCAAAAUCUGUUGCAGUUGCUUUUCCCGAAUAUCCUGUAACGCCAAUCAAGGUUAGUGGGAAUAAACGUCUUAAGUAUUAUGUUGCAAUGGCUGGUCCAGAUGUAUUAUCUGUAAGUACAAGUAUCUACUGCCAGGAAAUUGUUAAACGGAUGGAACGAGAAGCAAGUUUUAAGUAUCAAAAAAUUACUCUGCCUGAGGAAUAUGCUGCCAAUAUGAUAUAUGUUAACGGCUUUCUUAUACAUCGAUCGCCCGAGGAAAUUCCUGCUUCUUAUAAGGUUAUUAAAGAAAAAAUUGACACACCAAGCCGAAAUAUAAAUAUUAGCGAAUUUGGACAAUUCUCAAGUGGUCUAACUUCGGCUUGCCUGUUAUUGCGUCGAUGGAAAUCAAUAAGAAAUAUUUAAAUAAUACUACAGUUACGCUCGAAUUGUGGUUAAUAAUCAGUAGAAGUAAUUAUUUCCGCCAAUAGUUGUUUAAUUAAAUAUACAUAUAUAACUGUGACAAGCCUAUUCAA